UGGACGUACUUUCGCAUCUUGCCACUGGCACCAGGCGCCCGACUCGCGUUUGCCACUACCAUUUCUGCCACUCCUGUGUGUGUGUUGGCCCAGUCCGUAUCAGUGACUGUAUCUGUGUGCGUGGCGGUGUCCCUGUGUGCGCGGCCGCCGCGGGUGUGUGCGUGUGGGCCAACUUUAAACGCUCUUAUCAGCGCGCGUGUGAAGCAUGAGCCUGGUGCAAACAAAGUUUUGGCGGCAUUUUCAAUUAAUGGCAGUGCCAGCAGAGGCCACCAAAAUUGCACAAAAAAUUCCAUUGGGGAAAACCGAAAGCACAGCAUAAAAUGAACAUUUAUUUAAAUAUAGCGCAGAGUGCAGACACCAGAAGGCAAUCGGAUGCGAAAUUUACUCCAAGGAUAUGAAAAUAGCACAUCAAAUGGGCCAUAAACACACGACAGCAAACGGAAGAGCUUAAAUAAACCAAAAAGAGUACAAAACAGCAGCGGCAACAAAGCCAAGUUGGCAACAAUCAACAGCACAAAAGCAACACUGCCACACAGAGGAAUCUGAAAGGAAAAAAGGAGAGCACAAGUAAGAGGAAGUCGGAAAGAAAAGUGAAAGCCCAAAGUCGAAAUUGUAAACGCUCCGUGUAAACACUUGAAAGCUCGUUAGGAUAAUACAUCCUGCCCGGCACCAAGCACACGCUGGCACUAAAACACAAAGCGAAAGUGGGCGGGGCAGGGAAAGUAGGGCGGGCAGGGAGAGCAGGGAAAGUGUCACCAUGUGCCGUCCCGCGUGUCUGAGUGGCCGCCAGCUGAAACAACGGCACCACCCCAAAAGCCCACCCAGCCACACAGACACACACGCGCGCCAGCAGGCCAUUGCCAUUGCCAUCACCAUCGCCGCUGCAUAGUCGCGCUUCCGUUUCCGUCUACUCCUCAUUUCCGCUGCGGCUGCAAUUAAGCGGAGCGAAGCAUCCCGAAAAACACAGCGAAUAUCCACAAAAUGGCGCACGAGACCAGCUUUAAUGAUGCGCUCGACUACAUCUACAUUGCGAACAGCUUGAAUGACAGGGCCUCUCUGAUAGCCGAACCACAUCCCGAACAGCCGAGCGCCGAUGGUCAGGAGCCGGACGAGGAGGAAGACAUGGCGGUCACGAAGGAGGGACAGCUGGAGGAUGCGAACAACAACAACAGCGAGCGCUUCUACAGCUCCGCGAAAAGCCGACCGGAUUUCGUGGCUUCCCCGGCGCUGAAACCACCGCCCACCGAUGCGAGCACCACCGCCGCCGGCUCACCCCUGGCCACCGCCGCUCUGGCAGCGGCAGCGGCCAGCGCCUCGGUGGCAGCAGCGGCCGCCAGGAUCACGGCCAAGGCGGCUCACAGGGCUCUGAGCGCCAAGCAGGAUGCGUCCGCCUCCUCGCCAGCCCUCCAACUGAUCGACAUGGACAAUAACUACACCAACGUAGCAGUCGGCCUGGGCGCCAUGCUGCUGAACGACACGCUGCUCCUAGAGGGAAACGAUUCCAGCUUGUUUGGGGACAUGAUGUUGAACCGCAGUGGGCAGCUGGACUUGGCCAACGGGAGUGCCGGGCUCAAUGUGACCACGAGCAAAGUGGCCGAGGACGACUUCACGCAGCUGCUGCGAAUGGCCGUCACAUCGGUGCUGCUCGGCCUGAUGAUCCUGGUCACCAUAAUUGGCAAUGUCUUCGUCAUUGCGGCCAUUAUCCUGGAGCGUAAUCUGCAGAACGUGGCCAACUAUCUGGUGGCCUCCCUGGCCGUCGCCGAUCUCUUCGUGGCCUGUCUAGUGAUGCCCCUCGGAGCCGUAUACGAGAUCAGCCAAGGCUGGAUACUCGGGCCCGAGUUGUGCGAUAUCUGGACCUCGUGCGAUGUCCUCUGCUGCACAGCCUCGAUUUUGCAUCUGGUGGCCAUUGCCGUGGAUCGCUACUGGGCGGUGACCAACAUUGACUAUAUCCACUCAAGGACCAGCAAUCGGGUUUUCAUGAUGAUCUUCUGCGUUUGGACGGCGGCGGUGAUUGUCUCCCUGGCUCCGCAGUUCGGCUGGAAGGAUCCGGACUAUCUGCAACGCAUCGAGCAGCAAAAGUGCAUGGUCUCGCAGGACGUUUCCUAUCAGGUAUUUGCCACCUGUUGCACAUUUUACGUGCCACUGAUGGUCAUCCUGGCGUUGUACUGGAAAAUCUAUCAAACGGCCCGCAAACGCAUCCAUCGGCGGCGACCGCGACCCGUCGAAGCGGCGGUCAAUAAUAAUCAGCCGGACGGAGGUGGGGCAGCAGAUACGAAGCUUAAUCGACUGCGUCUACGGCUGGGCCGAUUCUCCACGGCCAAGACCAAGGGCGGAAGUGCCGGAGGCGUCUCUGGAGCCGGAUCCGGGGGCAGGGCCCUGGGCCUCGUCGACGGCAACUCAACGAACACGGUCAACACCGUCGAGGACACCGAGUUCAGCAGCUCGAAUGUGGACAGCAAAAGUCGAGCUGGAGUCGAGGCGCCCAGCACCUCUGGCAGCCAGAUAGCCACCGUGUCCCACCUGGUUGCCCUGGCCAAGCAGCAGGGCAAGUCCACCGCCAAGUCCUCGGCCGCUGUCAACGGGGCGGCCACAUCGGGCAAGGGGGAGGAUGGCCCGAUGGCCAGACCAGAGGGGGAGGAGCAGCAGCAGCAGGAGGCGCACGGGGAUCGGUUGGAGCACGGCGACCAGGAGCAGGAUUUGCCGCAGCCCGCAACCGCAACAUCAGCAACGCCGGCGGCCGUGGCCGAGGACCAGUGCAAGGCCAACGGGGUGGAGGUCCUGGAGGAUCCGCAGUUGCAGCAGCAGCUCGAACAAGUGCAGCAGCUGCAGAAAUCAACGAAAUCCGGCGGAGGCGGGGCCAGCACGUCGAAUGCCACCACAAUUACGUCGAUAUCGGCGCUAUCGCCACAAACACCGACCUCCCAGGGACCGGCAGCCCCAGCCGCCGGACCGAUGACGGCCAAAACCAGCACGCUGACGAGCUGCAACCAGUCGCAUCCGCUGUGCGGCACCGCCGCCGAGUCGCCCUCCACCCCCGAGCCACGCCCCCGCCAGCAGCCGCCCCCGCUGCAGCAGCAGCAGCAGCUGUCGAGCAUCGCCAAUCCCAUGCAGAAGGUGAACAAGCGCAAGGAGACGCUGGAGGCCAAGCGGGAGCGCAAGGCGGCCAAGACGCUGGCCAUCAUCACCGGCGCCUUCGUCGUCUGCUGGCUGCCCUUCUUCGUCAUGGCCCUGACCAUGCCCCUCUGCGCCGCCUGCCAGAUCAGCGACAGCGUGGCCUCGCUCUUCCUCUGGCUGGGCUACUUCAACUCCACCCUCAAUCCGGUCAUCUACACCAUCUUCAGCCCGGAGUUCCGCCAGGCCUUCAAGCGCAUCCUCUUCGGCGGCCACCGACCAGUCCACUACCGCAGCGGGAAGCUCUAGAUAGUGCAUGCGAAGAGGCGAAGACGCUUCUGCUGAACCGACAAGCGGAUGUUGAUCUAACCUCUUCGGCUAUAACCAGGCGGGACUAACGCAUCUUGUAUACCAGAGGACGGAGGAGGAGUCCCGAGACGAAGGAUCACGUUGCAGUUGCAUAACCAUUAGUCAUUAAGAGUGUAAAUAGCGGAUUGAAUUGAUGUUGACACCCCUGCAAAUAUAUUCUCUUAGUUAUAGCUAAAUUUAUAGAGCCAAGUGGAGACUGUUUUUAGAAGCGAGAAGUUGAAUUGUGCAGAGAUGCCACCAAGCAAACACAAAGUAUCUAAUCAAAAUAGCUAGCUGUAAGCCACCCCUACCGCAUAGUCGACAUAUAGAGCAAUCUACUACCAAUUUUUAUGUGUUUUCCGACUUAACGUGAACUGUAUAACUCAUAGCCAUGUUAGGUGCUAGACCCUGUCUCUCUCCACACUGCUUCGACAGGGGGAUGUUGACUUAGGAUUGGGAUUUGGGAGGUGGGAGGUGGGAGCCAAGGCAUUGGAAUCGUUAUAACUGAAGCGAGUACUCGAUUAUGUAUAGCCCAGCUAGAGACAUUUAAUAGGCGCACUGAUCGGCGAUCAGUACGCGUUUUAGACUUACGUACAUUUGUUGAGCAUCGUACUAAACUGUAAUAUUGAUAUAGGAUCCAUAACUUAUCGAACCGGUGGAAGCCAGUUUAAAUUAAAUUUAAACGUAUUGUUAAAGCCGCAGCUAGGUAAACGUUACAUAUAAAACUGUUGUACUAUUACGUAUGUGUUAGAUCGGUAAUUGUGUGUCGAGGAUUUCUUUGAAUAAGCUGGCAUAUUACGUAUCUUAUAAGCGAACAGUUCGACACGACAUGUAAUAUUUGAAGAGCAAACUACUUUCGGGAAAAAUGGGUAAAACGUAAUUAGCUAAACCAAACAAACACGUAAAACACAUUGCAUCAUGGUGCAGAAUAGCUAGGAUUAAGCGAAGCGUAACGGCGGAUAUCACGAUGUUUUACCUUCAUUCAACUACCAAGCGAACUACUCGAAAACCAAAAUCAAAACUCUACGAAAACUUUAAGCCGACAUCAUUACCUAGUGACUAAGUGUUUGCAGAUCUGUCUAUCUUUAAAUACAAAAUACCAAUAGAAAUAAAGCGUAUCCCGAUGACGCCAUGCCUGGCAGUAAUUCGAAUAGACACCCACACAAUUUUCUCUCUAAAAUUGGCCUAAGGCGAAUGCUUAUCCUUUUUGUUUUAAUUUGAUUUUUGUAAUAUUGGUUCAAACAAAUUGGCGCGCAUUUUUAAAAGAAUUAUUGCCGGGCAUGCGGGUCAACAGUCUGGGUUUUUUCGCUAAACAAACAGCAUAAGUUAAACUAACGAGAUUACUAUAAAAUUCAUUGGCUGCAAUUU